AUGGAUUAUCCUGUGGAUAUAUCAAGUAUUAAGCAGGAGGAGGAUACGCCGAUGGAUUACCUUGAGCUCGAACUCGAAAUCGUGCCACGACCAAUUUUACCAAUAGGACAGACAAUGAUCGACGAUGAUAUUGAUUUGCCUUCCAGCCUGGAUGACAGAAAUUGCAUGCUGCUCGACAUUUCGUCGCCACGAGAAAAUUUGCCGAUGGAACGACUGACCAUGAUUGACGAUGAAAACUAUUCCAACCGUAAUUUAAAUGAGGCCAAUGCGCCGGUGCCUCGACAAACUUUGGCAAUGAGACGACUGACCAUGAUUGACGACGAAAACUAUUCUAACCAUAAUUUGGAUGAGAACAAUACGCCGAUUCCACGAGAAACUUUAAUCAUAAGACAACUGGCGAUGAUUGACGAUGAAAAUCAUUCCAACCGUAAUUUGGAUGAGGCCAAUACGCCGAUGCCACGUGAAGCUUUACCAAUGAGACGACUGGCAAUGUUUGACGAUCACAAUUAUUCAAAUCCUAAUAUAGAGAACGAUGCGCUGAUGGAUCAUGUUCUCUUACCACGAGUUCUACCACAGAAAACUCCUGAAAAUUUGCUCAGUACAGAAUUGAAAAUAAUAAGUGAAAUGAUAAGAAUUGCUGACAACUGGGCUACGAAAUGGUUACCGCAAAAAACGGCAGAACUAUUACAGAUGUUGCAGAGUUUCCACAUUGAAUGCACACCACACAUCGUUUGGGAGAGCAUCAACAAUUUGCACUCAGGUGAUAAUUUCGCCAUGUUCGUACGAACUCAAUUAUGUGGCAUUAUGAUUCAUGUACCGCCGGACGAAAGUUCAGACGACGUAAUUGUGGCUACAUUCCCGGGAAGUUUGGAUUCAACCGAAAUUUACAGUCGAGACAGUGGCAUACAGUUCAACUACCCGGAGAAAGCCAUCAAAGUGAAAUGCUCGCAAAUGCUAUUAUCACAUGAAUUCUCCAAUCAAUUGUGUGUUUUGAGUGAUAGUUUGCCGGUUGGAUACAAGCACCUAGACUGCGUGUCAAAAUGGCUACUAACACUUUUGAUGGAUGAAAACUCAACCGAAGCAGAAUUUCCGGCCAUUACAAAGAAGGUUCGAGACGAAGUUUGGGGCAGCGGUGAAAACUUUUUUCGGCGCUCAAGUUUCUACAUAAGCAUCAAGGCGAUGAUUCAGCAUUAUCUCACGUUAAAACUGGGCGCCGAUGCCGGUAAAUUACUUUACAAAAUUUUCAUGUUGAAAUUUCUGGUUGUCACAUAUGCUCCAUAUCAGGAAGGCGAUAGAUUCAAUAUUGAUUUGCUGUCUCAGGCGAUAGCCAAAUUGGCGCGACGCAUCGAAAAGCUGUCUGAUAUGACGGUUGCAGAUGACAUGAUCGAUUUGUAUGAAGCCACCGUUGACGAGGCGAAAAAAACGAUUGAAACAAUUCGUGAAAAAAUCACCGAUCAAAUCAAUGAAAUGCACAUAAUCGAUAUAAAUGCUGCGCGAUUGCAUCCGUUGACUGGAUUGAAUUUCGAGUCAGAUAUUUGCUAUAAAAUGACCAAGUUGGACGACUAUUUGAACAAUAGAGAAACAGAUGCACCACAAACAGAUAAUGGUUUCAAAACUCCAAUUUUUACAACAUAUAAGCGCUACUUCCAAACAGGAAUUCCGGCUUUUAAUUGCUUGCGCAAAGUGACCGGAGAGAUCGAUCACCGCAUUUUUUGGAUCGAUUUUGAGCAAAUCAUUCUGUACGAAAUGGAAAUACGAAACAAACGUUUGAGCGCUGUUGACUUACGUAAGUGGUCGAUUGCUUAUGCGAAGUUUGCUGCAACUAAGUACGAAAAGGAUCCAUUGUUGAUCAGCCGAAUGCUUUUGGUUCGCUUAAAAAUCAUUGCAAUUUUGGAUGCAAUGGCAACUGAAAAGUAUCCGCUCCUCAAGGAACAUCGAAGUGGAGUUAAAACAAAAAUAAUCGACUAUUUGUUGCUACCACAAAGCACUGAUAUGCACAUUGCUUUUGAAAUAGAGAAGUAUUUCAGCGAUCGCGAUGAAAAAGCUAUCGGUCCAAGUUUGAUUGAACAAGAAACUGUUGAUGAAAGUUCAUUUUCGGCAAAAUUUGUUAAAGGUAAUUGGCGUAUGAAACGAAUUUGCCAAGAAAUUUGGGCCAAAGAUAAGGAGAACGUGGAACGUACAAAAGCCGAAUGGAAUAAAAAGCGUAAAGAAGCGAACAAACUGAGAAGCCAAGCCAAUAACAUGGUCUGCAAGUACAUUUCGGGCCAAAAUAAUCGGAAAUUACAUUCUCCCGCAUGUGAGAACUGUGCAUUGAAACGACGAGCCGCUGAUGUGACCAUCGAGCCAUACGAACAUCUUUUGCCCAAAAAUAAAACGAAUCAAUUUGCGAUCGUAUUUGAGCUUGAAAUCCCUGAUGAGAUCGCAUGCCUAAGAGAUUUACUGUAUGUUUUUGCCGAAUUUUGCCAUGGAGAGCCCAAGACAAUGAAAAUCAAAGAAUUGCUGAGUAACAAAAAACUUGCACAAUACAAUAAUUCAGCCAGCCAAUGCGUCAAGCUUGGAAGCACAAAGAACCGAAAGAUGAAAAAAUUCAGUGUGGAAAAAUGUACCUUGAAAAACAUUAUCGUUCACAACACAUUCAAUUGUAUUUUCUAUGGCACAAAAAAGCGAGCGCUUUCAUUCCCAACAGACGAUUUAUUUAAAGACAUUUGCACAUUAAAAGCGCAACAUGAAUAUAUUGGCCUACAAUGGGCCUUGCAUGGCACUCAGCACACCGAAAAUGAAGUUUUAUCGAGUCAAUCCGAAUGCGGAACUGAUUUGACACUGUCCGAGUACAAGAACUUUUGUUCGCUUCGCUCCGAUGGCCAUCGAUUACAAAUUCGCAAGUUGUACGCGAUGAUCGAAACUGAAGCACUUUCGUUUGAAAGAGAGGACGUUUUAGCAUUGGUGAUGCAGACACUGUGGGAAUGUGAAGUGAGUGGUGACGGUGAUUUUGUUCGAGAGGCUCACAUUGAUUUUCGUGAUGAUAAAUUCUGCGGCGCAAUAAUUGAACUGUUGGGAAAAUUUGUCGAGCAACAAAAAAACAAUUGGACGCACCCAUUUAAAAUUUUGAUCGUGGCAUUAAUUGCCGUUCGUGCUUUUGAAAUCAAUGAAACCAACGCGUUGGCCAAUAAAAUUGUAAAGAUUUUAUGUCGUAUUCGCAGCAUUGCUUUGGAAUGGAUUGACAAAAUCGGAACUUGCAUACAGGAUAUGACCAAUCCUGAUGAAACCACCGAACGAAGCUUACGUUUGAAGUUAAUUUACGUGGCAAUCAUUGGUGGUCUAACGUUUUUUGUUCAUCCAAAGCACAAAAACUUCCAAAAUAUUUUCCCAAACAAUACGGCGAGCAGAACGGCAGUGGAAUCAUGGUUACAAUUCAAUAUCAGCUUGAACAACAAUGUUCGCCUAUACACAAACGAUGAAGGGCGAUUGUCAUCGAAUUUGCGCAUGUUUCUCAGGCUGAUUGAACGUGUGGGCGUAUCUUUGGAAGAAAAAGUUUCAGAGGUGAUUGAACGAGAUCGAAAAUUUAUAUUUGCAUUGAUUAAACAGCAAUGGCCGCGUGCUAAGAGUGCGAAUUUCGUCGAAAUUGAUUUUGAUCAAAGAUUUCCGCACAUUUUGAUUGCACAGACAAAUGUGGGGUCAACGUCUCAUACUGUAUCAAUCGACAUAAUCACUGGUGCAUUUUUGGUCGAUCAUUUACCGCUAUCACGUCUACCUGGCAAAGUUAUGGACAGCAAUAUAUAUAAGAGGUUCUUUGAAGACGUUGUACUUGAAGUUCAACCAGAUGCGCAGCGUAAUUUUUCCACACUUCUGAAGUACAACGAUUGCAGCUAUGAAUUCAAAAUGGUCAACGACCACGUCAUUGUCAUCGAGAAGAAGGUUAGAGAAUUCGAAAAAGAGCUCAUUGAUCAAAGUGUAUUUCAUGAUGACUUUCCACACAAUCUCGUAAACGAUUAUAAUCACUGGUGGAAUAAAUAUGACAACUGCAUCGAAUUUCGGAGAAGAACAUUCGGGAAGAAGCAUUUUUCAAAAGAAACCACCAUUGACUAUCGAUUGAACCUCAAUAAUAAACAUCUGAUUCAUGAACAAACGCAGCGACCAAUGCUCGACAUCAAAUCAGACAGCUACAAGAAAAUUACCGACCAACUCUAUCGCUUGGAACAUCCGAAAUACAUUCAUGUGCUAUAUGACGUUGAAACUGAAGAGACCAAAGUAGUAUUGUGGCGCAUGAACUUAAAGUUCACAGUCAAAUGCUUGGACAAUGAAUACUAUUUGGUGUCAAACGAAUUCAAUGAAAUGCGUGUGAUUCACGACCAGAAAAUCGCCACUUUAUGCGGACUUAAUCAUGGCCUAGUCUUGGAGAGCGAAAAAAAGGAAACAAAAUUUAUACUCAUCCCAAACGGACAGAUUCGAAUCAAUAACCAAGACGUAUUUCCAUCGGUGUCGAUUAACACGAUGGAUGAAUUGCAAAAUCCGCCAUUUUACAAAUAUCAAGUGGAUAAAUUUUGUUGUCAAUUAAAAUCAACCAACGACACUCAUGCAUCCUGGUUCUAUCUGGCCUAUUUACAUGCAGUCACAUCUCAUGGUGAGGUUGAGCCAUUCACCAAAAUGACAGGCACCGAACGUGCCAUACAAAUCCUGCAGUCAGCUUUCGCUUGGUCUUCGGCACCUUAUGAGCCUGAAGCGAUUAAAAUGUUGAAAAAAAUUGCCAAUCUAACACCGCACCGAGAACUCAAAGAAGAUACACACAUCCAGUCUGUUACGUGGCCCACAAAUGUUCUCCCACAUUCAGCACAGGACUGUUUUGUUUUUAUCGCAAACAAAUUAGUGGAGGAUAGUCAACGAUUGUGUAGCCUUCAUGGCAAAAAACCAGACAAUAAAUUAAUUGAACUCAAAACAAACUUAAAACUAAAUGAGCGCGAUCAUAGACGUUGCCAGCAACUGAAUCCAAAUCUAGGUCUUUCAAAUACGUUCAUGGGACGAAAAAUGAUGGAAACCUUACCAACACGCCAAAAUCGAGUUCAUUUUUCGGAUGAUACGAGAACAGUGUGCAUUUUGCACCACAUGCGGCAAUUUAUGGUACCAUCAAAUUUCCGAUUGAAACCGUUUUUAACUGGUGAUGCAGAAAAGACGCUGGAUGGACUUGGUAAUAGCGAUCGCAUAAAAGAUAUUUUGAAUCAUAGUGUCCACGUGGAAUUGCGUGAUUUAUGGAUUUCGCUAUACGAUGCGGCUAUUGAAGAGAAACUUACUCCUGAACAAUUCACAAUCAUACUCAGCUUCUAUGCUAACAAUGCUAAAGAGGACAUCAAUGCGAUUUUAGCACUGCAAGCAGUUGCCGCAAAUUUGGAUGCAUUCAAGGACAUAAAACCACCGAAAAAAAAUACUUUUCCCAUUUUCGCUGGAACUUUUAACACUGAAGAGGUGUCUGGUCUUCUGAAGCAAUACUAUACACAACCGUCGCAAUACAGUGAAUGGCCAAUGAAAGAACAAGGCAUCCACAAAGUGCAACUUACUUCGAUUAUGGACGAUAUAAGGGCAGAAAUCAUUAGUAAAUGGCCCUGUACUUCAUUCGAUUUCACCCAUAGAUGGCCAUUCGAAUACAUUGACUUUGAUGCAGCAAAUGCUGCCAUAAAUGAACGACUCAAAAAUUGGUAUGCGAAUGAUGAACUCUACAAUUUCAUCAAAGAAGUACAAAGUAGAAUUCGAACAUUGAAUGGUAUUGGUUCAGUCCAAGUGCAUCCGUGUCUUGCGCCAACGUCAACACCAGAAACACGGUGCCAAACUUUAAUCGAUUUUAAAGCCAAAAUGCGCAAAGCAUUCGAACAAAGCUCGGAAGAAGAAAAACAACAGAUCGAAGAGGCUAAAAAUACAUGGCAGGGCAAAGCUUUUUCACUUUAUUCAGCACUCGAUUGGUGGACAAUUUACACAAACAUUUUUGAAAAUUCAAUUGAAACGAGCCAUUUGGUUCAAGCCGGAAUUUUUCCCAGGAUGGCACCAAGUUUGCUUUUGCCAAAAUUAACAGAUUCAAAUGUUGACGAUGACCAAAGAUUUUUGAUUGGUGCUUUUGGUUUAGCUAUUGCUCGUGAGCAACGUGAAAACCGAAUGGAUGCAUACUUAAAACGGCCAGAGAGUCAAGCUGCCUUGGAUAGAGAAAUGGAUAACAUACCAUACGAGAAUUGGUCACCCCAUGAAUAUCCCGAGUGGCUGUUAUUUGAAAUUGAACAGAAUCUAACAAUUCGUCGCAUUCAAAUCGAAAUCGCCAAGCGAAUGAUUGAUCCACCCAAAAUUGAGACCAAACAUUCCGUAAUGCAAUUGAAUAUGGGUGAAGGCAAAACAAAGGUGAUUGUACCAAUUUUAGCCGCUAGAUUGGCCGAUGGAACACUGGUCUGCCAAAUUAUUGUGUUGAAGUCACUUUUUGCAACAAAUCUCAAAUCAUUGCGCCAAUAUUUGGGAGGAUUUCUCAAUCGAAGAGUCUACAUUUUCCCAUGCCGACGAGAUAUGCCAAUCGAAAGUAAUGCACGCAAAAUUUUGGAUAUUUAUGAAGAAUGCAAACGGGAAAAAGGUGUCAUUCUUACGCUGCCAGAGUAUCGGUUAUCGUUUCAGCUUAAAAUCUAUCAAUCGAUUGCAUCGCAACUAAAAUCCAAUGAGAAUCGAGACUACACAAAAGCCAAAAUUUUGCUGGAUAUGCUUAAAUGGACAAAUACGAAUGUUCGAAGCAUUUUGGAUGAAUCCGAUGCCAUUUUGAAUGCAAAGUAUCAACUUAUUUACACAGUGGGUAGUUAUAUGCAGCCGGAUGGUGAUUCUCAUCGAUGGCUAGUUACACAAGCGGUGCUAAAACUCGUUCCAAUCCACAUGCAUUGGCUCUACCUUAAAUAUGGAAAAGAGAAAGUCGAGUUUGGACAAAAUUGCGGCGCCGAAUGUCGGCCAGAUGAAUUCAUACAUUGCCGCAUUCUCGAUGAAACCAUCUUUGAAGAUUUGAAAAAUGCACUUAUCGACGAUUUCUUUGCCGGACGGUUAGAUAUUGAUUUCCCGGGAGUUGAUGACACGAAGAAACCGAGCGUAAAACAUUUAUUGGGCAGUGAAGAAAAUAAAGGUCAAUUUGACGACAAAAGUGCAAAGAAAGCGAUCGAAAAGUUUUCAAAGGACAAACAGAACAUUAUUUGGAUUUUAAGUGGUCUAUUGCGAUUUGAAGUACUAAAGUUAGCUUUGACAAAACGGUGGCGAGUUAACUACGGCGUAGAUGUCAAAGGAAAACGUAAAAUGGCCGUACCCUUCAAAGCAAAAGAUGUCGCAGCAGAAAUGGCCGAAUUUGGACAUCCAGAUGUUGCCGUAUGUUUCACACAGAUGAGCUAUUACUACUCAGGAUUAUCGGAUGCUGAAUUGUUCCAGGUGUUCAACAUUUUGGAAGACUCAUCGGAUAAAGCGAACAUUUAUGCCAAAUGGAUCAGUGGCAUUCCGAAUGACCAGGUUGAUGCAUCAAUUGAAUCGUAUAGUGGUAUAAAUUUAGACGAUCCCGAUCAACGUAACGACGUUCUUUUUCCUUUGUUUCGGCGAAAUAUGAAUGUUAUCGAUUUUUGGCUGUCCAACGUUGUGUAUCCACAAGAAUUGAAAAUCUUUAAGAAAAAGCUCAUGUGCACGGCCUGGGAUCUUUGCAGUGAACAUCUCGAACACCGAGUCACCGGAUUCAGUGGUACAAACGAUACCAAAGACAUACUUCCCGUGACAAUUUCGCAAAACGAUCUUGCUGAACUUGAGCGAACCAACGAAGAGAUGCGACAGAUAUUAUUGAGCCCAAAAAAUAUGGUAUAUGAAAAGUCCGCCAAAGUUUCAACGGAAAUUCUUCAGGAGCUGGUACAACGUGAUAUUCGAGUGCUUUUGGAUUCGGGCGCAUUGAUGCUGGAACUCAACAACAAAGAAACUGCCGUUGAAUGGUUGAAGCUGGCCUUGGAUCGCGACGCAGCCAUUUAUUUUGACGAACAAGACAUUUUGCAAACGAUCGAUCGCAAUGGCUGCGUUGUCGAAUUUGAUUAUUCCGUGUAUCGUGAAAACUUGAGCACAUGUGUUGUGUAUUUGGAUGAUGCCCACACUCGUGGCACUGAUCUGAAAUUCCCAUCAAACUGGAUGGCUUGUGUUACAUUGUCAGGCGAUAUAACAUGCGAUAAAACGGUGCAAUCAUGCAUGCGAAUGCGUGAAUUGAAGACAACGCAAUCGAUUUUAUUUUGGCCUUCACACGAAGCAGAUAUACGAUUACGAGAGCUAUCUGGACAACGUAAAGUUGAAAUCAAGCACGUUAUGCAGUUCAUUGAAAAUAAUAGCAAUUUGUUCAAAACAGCAAACAUGACACACUGGGCCGCUGACGCUUUGAACUACACAAAGAAAAUGAGUGGACACAAAAAGUAUGAAAUUUCUUUGGGAAAUGCGAUCGAUGAUAGCUCCUUAGAAGCGCUAUACAUGACUUGUGUUGACGACGAUUUGUUCGAAUUGGAAGUAAUGUACAGUGAAAAGAAAGAGGCAAAACUGCACGAUAUUAUAUGGAAGAAAUUCGAUACCCUUGUCUUUGAUUAUAAAGGUCCACAUUUCAAAGCAAUAAAAAAGUUCAUUGGCAAUAUGCAAGAUUCCGUAUGGGAAAAAUUGCAAGAAUUAGCACCGUCAGUUGAACGGUUCACUACACUCGAUGAAGAACAAGAAAAAGAGUUGGAGCAAGAAGUGGAGGAGCAGGCGCAAAUUCAAAGACCAAGAUGUGCCGAAGCAACAAUGCCACGUUUCGAUGAUCGAUUGAAACGAUUGGUGCUUGAUGGUAUUGGAAGUGAUGGCAUAUUUAACGAUAUGAUUGCCCAAGGAGCAUUACUUUCAAUCGUUGAAAGUCUUUCGAACACGCAGAUGUUUGAGUUUUGUGAAAAAAACGAUGAUGCAUGGGCCAGCCACUUGUUGGUCACCAAAGAUUUUACGAUGGUCAUCAAGAAUCAACCGCAGGCAUGUAACGAUUUCUUGCGACCAGUUUUCUGGGUUGCCUGCAUUAAAAAUCCAGGUGCCAAGAAUAUUUUGAUUCUUUUGAGCUCGUUUGAAUGCAAUCAACUGAUACCAGCUUUUCGUAAGAGUGGCCAUGCAACGCUUUUUAUGUAUCGUCCCCGAUUGAGCAAUCUACACAGCAAUUUGAUUCAUGACGUUGGACUUCAACUGACCGGAAUGGCAAAAGCAAACUCCAUCGCUGUUGAAGAUGAAGUUCAAAUUGGGGUGUAUUCCGGUUUGAUGUACUUCGCCAAUGAAGACGAACAAAAUGCAUAUUGCAACUUCUUGGGCUUAAUUCCAGGACCAUGGACAAGCGAACAAAAAGAGGCAUUCGACGAUGGAAACAUCGAAGAAAGUGGAUAUGUGCCCAUUAAAAAACGUAAAUACAUCAAAGACAUCUCACCAGGCGUGAGCCAAUGCAAAUUCAAGGAAAAUCCAACGGAUUUUGCCAUUAAAUUGAUCAAAGCACAUCAUCAAGUGUUGCCCAAGGACUCGCAUGUUGCCUCAAUUUUGAAUCGUGGCAUAAAAUCACUUGGUAAAGAGGAAGCCAUGGAAAUUGAAUGAAUGUGUGAAUUUUAAAUGAUAAUAAUAUGGCAUUAGACAAAGGCUAUCGCUAGAAAUCUGCCAAAGACAACCAUUUUUUUUACUUCUAAUCCUAAGAUGUUUACUGCUGCAGCAGAGACAGUUUAAUUUUUUAUCACAUGCUUAAUCAUUUAUAAUUUCUUUAUUUUAACCAAUAUUGCCAUCCAAAUGUAAACCAAAAGUAUUUUGCUGCUCUUUAGCAAGAGUUUGUUUUAGCAAAUACAACUUUUUAAAUAAACAGAAAAUACAAAAUUUAUCAACAUUAAAGAAACAUCUUCAAUAUUUCCAUGCCAUCAUAGUAAAUAGGAAAUAAAAAUGUAAUCCAUUUAUUCAUUCCACAUUUCUACA